AUGCACGGCCCAGGCUAUAAGCGAUCUGAAAGGCGAAGACACGCGAGCGACCGCCUCAGCUGGCAACAAGACCUGGCGCUGAGCAGCAGCAUCUACCUCCUACGAGAGAUGGGCCCCACUGGUUUCCUGCUGAGGGAAGAGGAGCCGGACAACAGGGAUUUCCGAGUUUUCCUAGGAAAUCCUCAUUCUUGUUCCUGUCCCACAUUUCUGAAAGAAAGGGAUCUUUGUAAGCAUAUAUGCUGGGUCUUGUUGAAAAAAUUUAAACUUCCAAGGAAUCAUGAAUCUGCUUUGCAGUUGGGUCUGAUGGAAGGAGAAAUCAGUGAUUUGCUCCGGGGGAUACAUCGAGUUCAUACUCCUCAGCCAGAAACAAAUGAGGAAAACACAUAUGCUGAAAAAGAUGGUUACAUCAAACAGAAGGAGAUUGAUUCAGAGGAUAUCUGCUCCAUUUGUCAAGAAGUGCUUUUGGAGAAAAAGCUUCCUGUCACCUUUUGCAGAUAUGGCUGUGGCAAUAGUAUUCAUAUAAAAUGCAUGAAGAUCUUAGCUGAUUACCAGGAUACAACAACGAACACUGUCAUGUUGAAAUGUCCUCUGUGCAGGAGAGAAUUUGCACCGUUAAAUCUUAUUUUAGAGGAGUUUAAAAACUCUAGCAAACUGGUGACUGCAGCUGAGAAGGAGCGGCUAGACAAACACCUUGGAAUUCCCUGUAAUAACUGUAAACAAUUUCCAAUUGAGGGAACGUGUUAUAAGUGUACCAAAUGUAUUGAAUAUCACUUAUGCCAAGAAUGUUUUGAUAAUUGCUGCCAUUUUUCCCAUAUAUUUCUGUAUCGGGAGAAAAGAAACCAAAAAUGGAGACCACUGGAAGAAAGAUCAAAUGAAAUUGUUAAAUAUACAGAUAUUAAAGAUGAAAGGGAAGAAAAGCUGCCACAGUUUCAAGAAAAGCAAAGCCAGGUUUAUACACCAAAGGAGAUUGUGAAGUCACUACCUCUCUCAUUGAUUACAAAAAAUAGUAAACUGCUUGCCCCAGGCUACCAAUGUCUACUUUGCUUGAAGGCAUUUCUUCUUGGUCAACGUAUAAGAUUGCUCCCAUGUACUCACAAGUUUCACAGGAAAUGUAUUGACAAUUGGUUACUCCACAAGUGCAAUUCAUGCCCUAUAGACAGACAAGUUAUAUAUAAUCCUUUAAUCUGGGAAGAUACAGGACUGAAUGGAAAAGCACGUCAGUCUGUUUCAAACACAAACAUCACUCAUCCGUCAAAGCAAGAACCACGACUUUUUAUUCCUGGUACCAAAGUAGUCUUAAAGCAAAACAGACUUGGAAUUUUACCUAGCAUUCCUCAAAGGAGUUCUGAAAACUUAAAUACACCUCAAAGCUCAACAGAUUCAUAUCGGAAUAUGGAAAUAGAUCAUUUACCUUCUACUGAAUUAGGUAGUACAUAUUCAAGAAAUUUAAUUUCUGAAUAUAAAAUUAGUCAACAUUUCCCCAGGUAUCUUCAAGAUUUACCUGCCGGAUCACUUGGAAAAAUAUCUCAAACAUGUCUUCCUUCUAUUCCACAGAAGGUUAGCUAUCCUACUGGGAUGGGAAGCCCAUAUGCCAGUGAGACUGACAAAAGUCAGAAGAUGACUAAAGAAUUGAGGCAUAGUAAACACAAGCCAAAGAAGACUCUUGGUGCUAAACUAAGAGACAACCACAGAGAAUCAAACACUUUGCUUCCAGAGGAUUUAAAUUUUAUUGUCAAUUGGGGUAUGACUAAACUUAGUUUGUCUAAAAGAUAUAAUAAUUGUAUGGGUAAAAUGAGACAAACAUAUUGUCAUUCAUCAAAGAGGCCUGUGUCUUACCCUUUAGAUACAGAAAGUACUGAACUGUCUUUAAUAAUGGAAGGAGUUCGAUUAUGA